AUGUGUUUAAUCGAAAAACAGGAAGCUCUUCAUGAAAUCUUAAAACGUGACUCGUUUUGUGCUAACGAAUUGGUUAUAUUCCGUAUGGUUUGUCGCUGGAUCAAUGAGAACCAAAUCGACGUGGAUCCUGAUACUAAAAUCAGAGUUUUAUCGGCCGUCAGGUAUCCGUUAAUGAGUGAUGAAGAACUGUCCGAGGCUAGGAAAUCACAAGUGGGCAGUACAGUUUCUAAUGUCAUACAAUUUAAAAACACGUGGUCACCAGAUGAGCCUAAACUUCGCGGACAACUAAAACCCGAUGUGAAUCUUAUUAAUGAGUCUCAGAGUUAUCCUCCAAUCCGUGGCAAUGAUGGCGGUACUUAUAUGUUAACGUUGGACCAUCCUUCAUUUAUAAACUAUAUUGAAUUAUUGUUAUCAGAUGGAAUUGCCACGAAUCCAAAGUAUGUUUUGAAUUUAUAA